AUGUCACUUUUCAAGGCUAGAAGUGUCACUGGCAACAAUAGAGAUCCUCCAUCCAGUGGCGAGUUGACUGCUCUCCCUGGACAUCGAUCAGCCGUGACAGAAUUGACUAAGAACCAUAAGUACUGUGUUUCUCGAUUGCCUGCCUUGCCUACAGCAUUACAAAACACUCAAGCAUAUUCCGUAUUGAAUGGGUAUUCCGACGGUAAAACUAGCCAUGCGAUGGUGACUACGCCUAAUGCUAUCCAUGUAUGGAAUUACAAGUCGUUGGAUUCGACACCGCUUUCUAUUCAGUUCCCCAUUGAUGAUGAUAGUGGCAGUGAUCUCUUACCUUUUGGGAUUAUAACCAGUCCAGCUAGUGGUACCAACGAAGAUCCUGGAAUCGCUAUAAUAAGUCCCGGUACCGGGAAAGUCAAGUUCUAUUCAAGUGUCCAGAAUGCACCUACCAUUGGGUUGGUCAACGAUAAGUUAUCAGAGAUCACACUCCACUUAGCUGUGGAGAACGGUGAGUACAUUACUCUUGCAGAGAACAUUGAACCAGCAGGAAUAGCGGUUGCAACUUCCAGAAAGAGAUGUAUCUUAAUAACAUUACGGGACUUGAAGGGCAAACCCAAAUUAGGCUACACUGACCUUACUCUGUACCUUGGGGUUGGGUUUGUAUCCAAUAUGUUGAGUGGGAUAUUUGGUACUCGGAAUAAUAAUGAAAUUGGCGAUGAAAUCGUUAGUAUAAAAGUGGGCAAAAUAAGUAAUAAUGGUUUAACAGAAGAAAUCAUCAUUACAGAUUCCAAAGGAGGGUUUCAUCUCUUGACUUAUCAAUUCUCUUCAACUGAUGGAUCCCCCUAUGUUGACUCUAAACGGUCAUUUAAACAACGUAUGGGAGUAGCUUUAGAAAACUCUCUUGAUGGGUUUAUUCCUGGUUCCAGUGUUCUGAUAAAGGUGUUAGAUUUAUGGCCCUUAAAGCAAGUAUCUGAAAGUGGGUUAUAUUUAACCCUAUGUUAUUUGGAUUCAUCUUAUCAUCAUCACAAUGAUGAUGGAAAUCAGAACCUGUUAAUAUUGGUUACUAUGAAAAUCAACCAAACCGGUGUAUUGGUUUAUGGUACUCAUAAGUUACUGAAAUAUAACCAAAAAUCCAUUAUUUAUCUGGAUUCAAAACCAAGAUUAUUUCUUCCCAGUCCAGAAACAACUGCUUUUGUUUUAAUUGAUAACUCCAUUAUUCUUACAGACAUCGACAUAUCUUACAUCCACUCAAGAAGUACAGGUUAUUACUACAAACCAAGAUGGGAAGAUAUCAUUAGUCUUAAAUCAGAUGUUCAAAUAAUUGGACAAGGUUAUGAAGAUAAAUCUGAAGAUUCCAAUUCGUCUAUUUUACUAUUAACAGGUAAUUCUGGAGCUUUAAGAAUUGAAAGAUUCCCAGACGAUGAUCCUACUACUCAAUCCAAGGUUUCCCCCGUUGACAUUGUGAAAUCCCAUUUGGAGCAAGCGAUAUUUUAUGCCAAAUCUUCAAGCAUUGAUUUCAAUUUGAAGGAAAACACCAUUGAAUCCACAAUAUUAAACGAAGCUAUCAUUAUGGUGGCCAAUGAAGUAUUCACUUCCAAUUCAAUUUACUUCCCUCAAGAUAAUGCAAUUAUUUCCGAGUCUCUUCAAUUAAAAUCCAGUCUUCUUGGUCAGUUGGUUAACUUGGUAAGUACUAAUUAUCCAAAUGGAACAGAAUUAGCUGUGUAUCAAAUUAUUGACAUGAUAGAGAAGGCAGAUACUUCUUUCCAAUUCUGGCAAUCUGUUAGUGCAAAUGGCUCUUACAAGAAUUGGCUAAAGGAAGUGAUUAUAGAAUGUGGUGGUAUUGUGAACCAGAAUGAUAAUGAUAUUGUAAAGGAUUUUUUCACCACACAUCUUCAAUCCAUUGAUACUGUUUUAAGCUCAUUUGUUCUUAAAUUGGAGACCAAUAAUGUGAGCGAAGACAUCAUCAGUUCUCUCCUUGUAACAUCGCUUUAUGAAGGAACGUAUCAGAAUGAAAAGAAGUAUAGUCAGUUGAGAUCUUUCCUGAAGGCGAAUUUAUGGACGCUUGAUACCAAUCUUUUGUUUGAAUUGAAUAAAUAUUUUACAAAGGAAUGUGGAACUGAAACUGGAGCUGGAAAUGGCAAUGCAACUUCAACUCAAACCAAGCUCAAACUAAUACAUUUCUGUCAAGUAUUAUAUUACAUGACUAAUAGUGCCAUUGAAUAUUUAAGAAGCACUGAUCCCCUAGGAGACAAAUUAGAGAAUUAUAGCCAAUGGUAUCAAAUGAACAAACCCAUAUGGAUACAAGCAUUAAUAAAUGCUUCCUUAGAAGAAGAUGCAGAAAUAAUUGUUGAAGCUUAUGGAGAUUUGAGUUCUUUAGUAUUAAUUCUUGAAUCAAAGAAAGAGAGUUUAACUACCAAAUACGGUCCAAAUUCAAUGGAAGUGUCUCAGGUUAUUAAAUCGUUAUCAUCAUAUUUCCAUAAAUAUGGUCAACCUUUUGCAUUCUGUUACUUUAGGUAUUGCUUGCAGAAUGGAAAGAUCAACCAAAUCUUCCAAGGGUUCCCCACAGUUAACGAAUACUAUGAUUUCUUAGAGGCUUAUUUUGCUCAGCACCCAAAAGAAACUGCAGAUAUAGCCUGGAUCCAAUACUUAUUAGAUAAUAAGUUUUUGAAAGCUAAGGCUAGUCUUGUCGAGUCAAUUGAGUUUGAUACCACCACCAAUGUUAACAAGACAGAACUCAGUUUGUCUAUUGCCAAAUUGAGCGCCGUUGCCAUGGGAGAGAGCCAGGAAUCAUUAGAGCCAAUCAACAGCGAGUUACUUGUUGUCCGCAAACAGAGAGAAUUAUUAGAGAAAUAUAUUUCUUUUGUUUCAGCCAAAGAGCUUCUUACACCUCAAUACUUCGAAACAUAUUUAUUGAAUGACAAGGUUUCAUUACCAGAAAAAGCAUUGGAUAAACUUAAAGAGGCUUUCACCAAGUUGACUCAAGAUAAGAAACUUAGCACUGUGGAGCUAAUUGAUUUGCUCACACUAACUAUUAAGGAUGCUCAAGUGUUUGCUGAUGCUGCUGAAAUAGCUUCGUUAUCCAAUGAGUUGCACGUGGACGCAUUGUUGCACGUUAUAUGGGUUCGACUUUUGGUAUUGGCCAAUGAAUGGAGGUCAUUGGAAGGAUCUCUCUUGUUUAAGACCGCAGCCCUUUUAAAGGAUAACGUCAAGGCCCUUGAGAUUCUUGAAGACAUAGAGUCACUUCUCCAGACAAAGGAUGGUCUUCUACCGGAGCUAGUGCAUAAAUUGCACACCAUUAAAGCCGAUGCCAGUAAGUGGACCAGAUCUAUAUUGGAUCAAGUUCGUAACGAUGACUAA